CUCAACUACUGUACACUUAGUACUGCCAACCUCGCUCCUCGUCGUGCACCACCACUACCACAAUCACCUGCAGCGCUGCCUCCUGCCAGCCGUUCACUCUUUCCGCAGCUUCUUGUGAGACAUUGGAGUGCUGGCCCCACUCAUUGGUCGUGUCCCUCCUGGAUGGAAAGAUAACAGCUCCCGCCUCCCAACCGGCAAGCUCCCUCUCAACCGACCAUUCCAUCGAAUACUGCAACUGCGUGUGUAAUUGCUGCAGCGCACCGUCUGUUCUCGCCCUCGCCCUCGCCCUCGCCCUCGCCCUCGCCCUCGCCCAAAACCUCAACCCGCACUCAUCGUCCAUUUCCGCCCACAAUCUCCGCCAAGAUGAGCACGACAGCCUUGCCGCACAAGGCCGCCAUGAGACGCACCGCCACUGUCGACUCCAUGCCCUCCACCGUGUCGAAUUCGACGGCAGCCACGCCAAACGACUCACCCACUGCCUCGGCAUCAUCGACAUCCCUGUCCUCCCUGGGGUCUGUCGAAGACUUCCAGAAAGAGCCUGCGCGGAAGCUUGUUGACACCUACGGAAACGAGUUCCAGCUCCCAGACUACACCAUCAAGGACAUCCGAGAUGCCAUUCCCAAGCACUGCUACGAGAGGUCAGCUGCAACUGGUCUCUACUAUGUGGCACGCGACAUUGUCUCCUUAGCCACCACCUUCUACCUGUUCAACCGCUUCUGCACCCCGGAAUACGUGCCUUCGAUGCCUCUCCGAGCUGUGCUCUGGGCUCUGUAUACCUUUGUCCAGGGUCUUUUUGGCACCGGUCUUUGGGUUCUUGCCCACGAGUGUGGUCACCAGUCUUUCUCGCCCAGCAAGAUCCUUAACGAUACCGUGGGUUGGUUCUGCCACUCUGCCCUGCUCGUCCCGUAUUUCAGCUGGAAGAUCAGCCACGGCAAGCACCAUAAGGCCACUGGGAACAUGGAGCGGGAUAUGGUAUUCGUGCCUCGCACACGUGAAGAGCAUGCCUCCCGCACGGGAUAUGUGCUCCACGAGAUGCACGAGCUGUUGGAGGAGACUCCAAUCUACACCGCUACCAUGCUCAUUGGACAGCAGCUUGCUGGAUGGCCUCUUUACCUGCUCAAGAACGUGACUGGACACAACAACCACGAGAAGCAGCCAGAGGGCAAAGGCAAGGGCAAGAAGAAUGGAAACUUCAGCGUCAACCACUUCAUGCCAAGCAGCCCGUUGUAUGAGAAGAAGGAUGAGCAUCUCAUUCUGCUCUCGGAUCUGGGUCUCUUCCUUGUGGCUUCCGUCUUGACUUAUAUGGGUCGCACAUACGGUUGGACCAAUCUCCUGGUCUGGUAUUUCAUCCCGUACCUUUGGGUGAACCACUGGCUCGUUGCCAUCACCUACUUGCAGCACACCGACCCAUCGCUUCCACACUACACUGGUGAUGUGUGGAACUUCACCCGCGGCGCCGCUGCCACCAUCGAUCGUGAAUUCGGCUUCAUCGGACGCCAGCUGCUCCACGGAAUCAUCGAGACACACGUCCUCCACCACUACGUCUCGACCAUCCCAUUCUACCAUGCCGAUGAGGCUACCGAGGCCAUCAAGCCUAUCAUGGGAAGCCAUUACCGAGCAGACACCAAGGAUGGUUCCAUCGGCUUCCUGAAGUCCAUGUACAAAAGCGCCCGCUGGUGUCAAUGGGUUGAGCCAAACGAGGGUGCCAAGGGUGACCAGGCCAAGGUGUUGUUCUUCCGUAACAGGAACGGUCUCGGCCUGCCACCAGCGAAGCUCCAAAAGAAAGGUAUGACAAUUGGCGAUGAUUCUUCUUCAUGAGGUGCAAAGAGAUCGUGUUUCGUCGGGCAUUAGCGAGCAUGAUGGCGCAGAUGUCGAUUUAUAUUCCUGUCAAUCGCUAUGGGAAGAUUUGGACAGCACCAGGCGCGGCGUUUUAGACGGUCGGGUACGCCUUGGGAAGGCUGAGGCGCAAUAUUUAUCAUGUAGAAAGAGCGAACACUAGAUCAAAGAAUCCCAUAGACGAACUAGAAUCGUAAUGGCAAGUCGUACGUGACAAACCAUGAUCUUC